GAAACCGGGAUAAAGAUUUCAAAAAAAUUUUAAGACCAAAAACUUCCUGCGAGACGAGAACCGAGCCCGCGUCCCGUUCCUCCUAACGCAAGAAGCCCAGAGAGCGCGAGGCUUGAAUUCGAUCCUCUCCCCUUUUUGCGGAUAUCUACACAUUUUAUCAACCACGGCUUCAAAGGUGGAGCGCGUGUUUUCCUCCCUGUCCCUGCAUUUCUUCAAGAAAGAAAUGGAAGAGAGCUCCAGCUCCCCGGUUUCCCCUGUGGAUAGUCUGGUGACCAGCGAGGAGGAGCUGGACAGGCAGCACAGGCGCUUCGCGAGGAAGAGGAGACACAGCAAAAAGUCCAGCGAGGACAGCAGCGGCAGCAGCCCGGGGCCGGUGAAACGGGGCAAAAAGCCCAGUCCGGGCGGCACCCAGACGUACGAGGAGCUGCAGAACCAGCGGGUCCUGGCCAACGUCCGGGAGCGCCAGCGGACCCAGUCCCUGAACGAGGCCUUCGCGUCUCUGCGCAAAAUCAUCCCCACGCUGCCGUCGGACAAACUGAGCAAGAUACAGACGCUGAAGCUCGCCUCCAGAUACAUUGAUUUCCUGUGUCAGGUGCUGCAGAGCGACGAGAUGGACAGCAAGAUGUCCAGCUGCAGCUACGUCGCGCACGAGAGACUCAGCUACGCGUUCUCCGUGUGGAGGAUGGAGGGCGCGUGGUCGAUGUCGGCGUCUCACUAGCAGCGAGACCUCCACUUUUAAUGCCAAAGCGACUGUUUACUUCUAAAAGGGCCGAAGACGAAAGGGAUUAUUGAAGAACCCGUCGACCUCAAAGGCGGAGAGACGUAACGUGACCCGCAAUUACGAAGUGCGUGCGCGUGGAUGCGUCUGCGGCAGACAGGGCCGUGCGGUGCGUACCCUCCGGUUGACGGCCUGCGUUUCCCCAAAACCAGCCUUUAAUCGGUUCAGAAGGAGAUCUAUUGUGUUUUGCAAGGACUUUAAAUCAAAGCAUAAAUAUAGAACUAUAUAAAUAAAUGAGCGCAUAUUGUACAUACCUGUACGCCUAUAGCCUGUAAAGGGACCAAUGCAAUUUAGAGUCGUGCAUGGAUUUCUUUAGCAAGUCUCCAAAUCUACGUCCAAUGUACAUUUUCUGUUUCUGUUUAUUUAUUAAAACACAUAUUUUUGAACAUA